AUGGACAAGCAAGACCACCUCGCCGAAAUCAAGCCUUACGUUCAAACUCUCACUGUCUCCGAUGUCGACAGCGCUCUCAAACUGGAGGAUGCCACGUUCCCUCCCGAGGAACGUGCAACCAGAGAAAAGUUCGAGUAUCGCUUCACAAAAUGCGGCGGACUCUGUCUUGGACUCUUCACCUCAGUCGACACUAGUGACCCAUCCAACCCUCUUGCAUCGGUCGAGACAGCUUCCAGUGCGCAUCAUGUGUACAGCGGGGCUCCAGCACGCAAGUCCGUCCUUCUUGCUCACUGCGUUGUGACCAAGACGACCAACCCCACCGUCAUGGACGACGACAUGGAAGUCCCUAGCGAUUGGAAAACUUCCGGUGGUCUGACUGGCAACACUGGACACAGAGAAGAAGGUCGUACCGUUGCUGUGCACAGUCUGGCAGUGCUUCCAUCUCUGCAGAAUCGAGGGCUUGGUUCGACUUUGCUGAAGGCUUACAUUCAGCGACUGGGCUACGUCCAAGCUGCCGACAGAGUAGCCUUGCUUGCACACGGUGAGCUUAUCAAGUUCUACGAGAAACUGGGCUUCGAGAACAAAGGUCCCAGCAAGGCCACAUUCGGCGGAGGCAACUGGGUUGACAUGGCAAGUUACACAAUGAACUGA